ACAAUCAGUGUUCUUAACUGCUGAGCCAUCUCUCUAGUGCCAGGCUCUUAUAUCUAAUGGAUUGUUUCUCUAGGGAUUAUCUAAACCACAGAGAGAAAGAAAAAUGUGAGGUGAUAAAGAACUUGAGGAACGUGGGCGGUGGUAAAGUGUGUCCUGUCUUGAAGCGCAAUCCCUUUGGAGUUGCCUACCACCACAGUGGUCUAACUAGUGAUGAACGGAAGCUUCUGGAAGAGGCCUACUCCACGGGCGUGCUCUGCCUUUUCACCUGCACAUCCACCCUGGCAGCAGGGGUCAAUCUCCCAGCACGCAGAGUCAUCUUACGAGCCCCCUAUGUGGCUAGAGAGUUCUUGCGGAGGAAUCAGUAUAAGCAGAUGAUUGGCAGGGCUGGCCGUGCCGGCAUCGACACCGUUGGCGAGAGUAUUCUUCUACUGCAAGAAAAAGACAAGCAACAGGUCCUGGAACUGAUAAACGGACCCCUGGAAAACUGCUACAGCCAUCUUGUUGAGGAAUUCACCAAAGGAAUCCAGAGUUUGUUUCUGUCUUUAAUUGGUUUGAAGAUCGCAACAAGUCUUGAUGACAUAUAUCAGUUUAUGAAUGGUACAUUUUUCGGUGUUCAGCAAAAGAUUUUAUUGAAAGAGAAAAGUCUCUGGGAAAUAACUGUUGAGUCACUUAGCUAUCUGACGGAGAAAGGCCUUCUACACAGAGACAGCCGUGGUGGUGACUCUGAGGAGUUACAGUGUCCUUUCCGCAUUACAAAGCUGGGCCAAGCUUCUUUUAAGGGGGCCAUUGAUUUGGCCUAUUGUGACACUCUGUACAGAGACUUGAAGAAAGGGCUUGAAGGACUUGUACUGGAAAGCCUUCUCCAUCUGGUCUACCUAACAACCCCCUAUGACCUUGUUGCCCAGACUGAGCCUGACUGGAUGGUGUACUUCAGGCAGUUCAGUCAACUCAGUCCAGCAGAGCAAAAUGUGGCAGCUCUUCUUGGAGUCUCUGAAAGCUUCAUUGGGAAGAAGGCGUCGGGGCAGGCCAUCCGGAAGAAGGUGGACAAGAACAUUGUCAACAGGCUCUAUCUGUCUUUUGUCCUUUAUUCCCUGCUGAAAGAGACCAACGUUUGGAGCGUGUCUGAGAAAUUUAAUAUGCCCCGAGGAUACGUACAAAAUCUGCUCACGGGAGCUGCCUCCUUCUCAUCCUGUGUGUUACAUUUCUGUGAGGAGCUGGAGGAAUUUUGGGUUUACAGAGCCUUGUUCGUGGAACUUACCAAGAAACUGACGUACUGCACAAAGGCGGAGCUAAUCCCACUCAUGGAAGUGACCGGGGUCCUAGAGGGUCGAGCAAAGCAGUUACACAGUGCAGGUUACAAAAGUGUAAUGCACUUAGCCAAUGCCGAUCCAGAAGUGCUAGUGAGGACAAUUGAUCAUCUGUCCAGACGCCAAGCCAAGCAGAUUGUUUCCUCAGCAAAGAUGCUGUUACAUGAAAAGGUCGAAGCUUUGCAAGAAGAAGCUGAAGAAUUACUGAGAUUACCUCCAGACCUCCCCGGACUCGGGGCGGCUAACACUGAGAAGGCAGGAAGCCAUGCUGGGGACACAGCUCUGUGGUAGGACAUUUGCCUGACAUGCCUGAGGUUAACCCUCAGUACCCCAAGAAAGAAGAAAAAGCUGAAGGGGUUAUAAGUUGGCAUGGUGGUGAACACCUGUAAUUCCAGCACGUGGGAGGAAGAGGAAGGAGAUUGAGUGUUAAAAGCCAUCUUCAACUACAUAGAGAGUCGGAGGCCGGUCUGAGCUAUAGGAGUCCCUGUCUCAAAAAAAAAAGCAUGAAGCUGUCUGAUGUAUGUUUUCAAAUUUGACUUAUUUAUUAUACAUGUGUCUUAUUGAUUCUCUCUAUAAAUGAAAUAUGCAUUUUAGUUAUACAAUAAAGACUGAGGAUGAACUUUAAGAAAGGCACUCUGGACGACUGAAUCUACAUCACUAGAACUGCUCUAACCAUCCCACUCAUAACCCAUUUUCUUCAGUUCCUCGACAUUGUAGCUUCCUCCACAUGCCCCCACCUAGCUUUUUGGCCAUAUCACUCGCUAUUUUUCUGCCUGUCCCCGCUGUCUCGUGCCUGCUAAACACAUGCUCUGAUGGUGACUUAUAUACCCAGCCUUCUCUCAGUUCUCUCGUCAAACUGGACCAGAGUCACCAGGACUUGCCUUGUAAUUCCCAAACCCGGUAUGUCCUAACUGGUGUGUGUUAUUACCAUUAUAUGAAAAUAUUAGCGUACUUCUAGUGCCAGCUAAAAACAGUCAAAUCCUAUUUCUAUGAAAUUACUCCAUACUCAUCCAUGUAACCCUUACAACGUGCCCUCUAAGUAUUAUGGGGUUUUUGUUU